UUUUUGGUCGUUUUUCUGUCUCUCACUCCCUCCCACAGCCGGUUGGGGAUACGUGGUGCAAACAGGCGGUUGACGCAUUCCAGCCUGCCGUAUCGACACAUACGGACUUGAUUGCAUCUGUCGUCAUUGCAAUAAGGGAUGAUGGCCACCGACUGGAUUCCCACCAAGGCCCGGCUGCGAUGGCGCUUUUCUGCUCUUGCGCCCGUCGUCACCAUCUCACUCAUCCUCAUGCAAGGCCCGACGCACCACGGCGACGUGAGUGGGCGAGGCCAUGCAAGGUGGGCAUCGCUUGAGUAGCUAGCCCUUUGCGUAAGCGGCGCGGUCCCUUCGGCACACAGUCAGUAACUAACCAGUGUGUAGAGUAUCUAACUGAGUAAGAAACCCAUGUAUCCAUCCAUGCUGCGGUACUGACAACCAACCGUCCCUCGCCAUGGACCUGGUGAAUGCCCCCUCCCUGGCCAAAGUUUGUAUAAUGAAUUCUUCACACACCUCAUCCCGUCGAUAUCACGUCCUUGCUCUUUGUCUGUACGAGAUUUAUUGUUGGCGUGGUUGAUGGCGGUGGCAUUGUAAAGAUAGGCUAGACAGAUGUGAGGGAUGUAACAGUGUAUAUCGUACUUACCUAGGUAGGUACCCUAUGUAGAUUCUCCACGAAAAAAUAUAGAGAUACCAUAAAAAAGGUACCUCCGGCUGGUUGACUGAGUACUGUAACUAACCCGCUCAGUAAGUUACAGGGAGUGAGGGAAGAAUAAGCGGACACAGCCGCUGCCACCCAAUCCGAAACCCUGUCGCCUCUGCACGCCCCUUUGGGGGACUUGGGGGAUGGAUGGGACCACCCAUCGAGGAACCACGCACUCAGCUAUCCCCGCCAUCUUUCCCACCCCGUUAAUAUUUCCUGUCAGCCCGCCGUCCGCCGUCGUCCGACCUCCUCCUCCCCUCUCCAUCCUCUCUCCCAUCCUCCAUCAUCCCAUGCUUAAUCUCUCCUUGUCGAGCCUGCCCAAGGCUGUCACCUGCACCUAAGACUGACAUCCUCUGCCAAUAUGCCUCAACGCCGGCGCCCGCCUGGAGCCCGCCCGGCCCUCACCACCACUGCCCUAUUGCUAAUCCUCGUCUUCCCUUGGGUUACCGCGGCCGCUCAGCAGCAGCAACCGCACCAGCAGUCCCUCCGACACGGUCGCUCUCCCCGCGAAGACGACCAUCACGUCCACACCGUCACCCCCCACCGCCAGCCCAAGCCCGACGGAGCACGACUGCCCAAUGCCCCAGAACAACACCACGCCCAGAACGAGCGCGCCGUAGCAAUCAAAGCCUCAUCUGCUCCAGCGGUUUCCUCCGCUGUCAGAGCCCUUCCUGACCAGAACGCUGCCUCGUCUGAGGGUUCUCUCCAGCCGAGCGCGCGCUCCAUUCAGGAUUUGGACGUUGAGGACUUUGUUCUUUUGGCGACUGUCGAUGGCCACAUACACGCACGCGACCGUUACACCGGAGAACACAUUUGGGAGCUCAAGCUCGACCAGCCCAUGCUCGAGACGAUCAACAAUGCCGACAACGAGUUGGACGAUCUCUCCGGACGCUGGAUAGUGGAGCCCACCGAAAAUGGCGCCCUGUAUUUCCUGGUGCCUGGCCCCUAUCCCGAACUCAAACGCUUGGGGACGACCGUCAAAGAGCUCACCGAGUUGAGCCCAUACUCUUUUGAUGACCCGCCUGUCGUCUACACCGCCGAGAAGAAGAGCAUCAUGAUUAGCGUCGACGCACGCACUGGCAAUGCCAUCAAAGUGUUUAGCACAAGCGGUGGCUCCAGUAACAUUGGUACUCCUGAUAGGUGCACCACCCAUUCAUCCGACCCCUUCUCUACAAAGGAGCGAGAAUGCAAAGGCAUCCUUAAGUUGGGCCAGAAUGAAUAUACCAUCCACAUUCACAACAGAAACACCGGAGAGCUCAUGAGCAUCAUCCGAUACAGGGAAUGGGUACCCAACAGCAGAGACAGGGACCUGCAAUCCCAAUACCAUACCCCCAAAGAUCAACAAUACAUCUACACCAAGUUCAAUGGCGACGUCGCUGCUUAUGAUUAUAAACGAGCCAAAUGGCAGUCUCGCCCCGUUUUCGAGAAGAAGUUGCCGUAUCCUGUAUGUAGGGUCUUUGAUGUCGUAAGAGCACGCGACGAUGAUGACGCAAUGCCGUCGCUCAUGAUACUCCCGCAACCAACUGGACCCGCAAUGCUUGAGGAUAGAGCCAAAAACGUCUGGCUCAAUACCACGGAUACUGGGAGCUGGUUUGCACUUUCCGAGGUCAAUUACCCCGCCGUCACCGAGGGUGCACCCAAGGCCCAAUGUUACAAACCAAUUGACCCGCUGGCUUGGGAUCGUCCACAUGCUUUUCCGGAACGACGACGUUUGGUUGGCGUACAUCUAGUUGAUCAUAAAGUGGAACGCUCUCCAACUUACAGUGCAAUUGAUGCCCCUAUAUCGAGCGAAAACGCGAAUAAUGCUCCGGCAAUCCCCCCUCGGAGCCACUCGAUCGUACCAAGUGGGGUACCGGCUAUUGAUCCCCCGCCUACCAUGGAAACGAGGAGUUACGGCCACCUGUGGACCAUUGUUCUGGCUUUUAUUGUUUGUAGCAUUUCGGGUCUUGGAUAUUAUACCAAGACCUCUUCCACACCCAAUAUAACCGAAAAACUCAGGUCAAUAUUCCACCAAAAUCUUUCGCGACAAAAGCCACUUCCCAUGCUCUCCGAAGCGUCGAAGGAAGUGUCCGAGACAGUGGUGCCAGAAACUUUUGUGGCUGCCAAUGAAUCUGAUGAGUUGCAAUCUGCCGAGUCCAAAAAGGCCAAAGAAAUCAUUGUUGAACAAACCUUGCCCCCGGCGGAGCCUAUACUCUCCCGUGAACCCAAAGAGAAGAAGGUCAAGUUUGAUGUACCAGAUGAUGAGGAGGACGAUGAUCUUUCUCUCUCCCGCACAACCACCGCUGAACAGUCGCCUUCGCUUGAGAAUGGCGAUAGCAGUGAGACACUACCGCUGGUUGACGAAACAUCCCAAUCUUCAAGUGAAAAGACUGAAGCAGCUUCCCAAGACCCUGCAACCACACCGUCCACCCCUGUCAAGAAGAAGAAGACCCAUAGAGGGAAACGCGGAGGUGCUAAAGGCAAGAACAAGAAGCCAAAGGAAGGUGACGAGGUAGAUCAAAUCGUAGAUGCUGCUAAACAGCUUGUACCCGUCUCUUCUCUGCACCCCGACGAAUUGACUGCCAACGGCAAUGACAUGCAGGACGUCUCCAACACCAAGAAAAUCGGAAAACUGACCAUCGAUUUCGACCGGGUUCUAGGUAAUGGGAGUGGCGGCACCUUUGUCUUCGAAGGCAGAUGGAACGACCGAGAUGUGGCGGUGAAACGGAUGUUACCCCAAUACUUUGGGCUUGCGGAGCAGGAAGUCAAGCUGUUGCGCGAAAGCGACCAGCACUCCAACGUCAUCCGGUACUUCGACGAUGAGAAGGAUGAAAAUUUCCUGUACAUCGCUGUCGAGCUCUGCCAAGCGAGUUUGUUUGAUCUCUAUCGCGAUGGACGAGCUUGCGAUGAUAUGACCGACGUCCAGCAGCGCCUUAUCAACGAAAUCAACGGCAAUGUUGCCAGAGCGUUGCAUCAAUUAGCUGAAGGUGUCAAUCACCUUCACAGCUUGCGAAUCAUUCAUCGCGACAUCAAGCCUCAGAAUAUCUUAAUUGCCUAUCCUAAGCGCAACCAAACUAGUGGACCGCGUUUAGUGAUUUCUGACUUCGGUCUCUGCAAAACUUUACCAGACAACAUGAGCACGCUCAUUGGGACAACCGCAAAUGCCGGCACUGUGGGCUGGAAGGCUCCGGAGCUCAUUCUGCAGCCUAAAGACAUCGGCAUGGGCAGUUCUACCGGCCACUCGCGUGAUUCAUCAGCCUCUACUGACCCCGUCUCUCAAGGCGUUAAGCGGGCUGUGGACAUUUUCUCGCUUGGCUGUGUUUUCUUCUACGUCCUCACUAAUGGUUCACACCCAUUCGAUGACGAUGAAGGCUGGGCUCAGAUGCGCGAGUAUAACAUCAAGAAGAACAAGGCUAGUUUCGCUCAGCUCAGUCUCGGCGAUGAUUCCGAGGAACCCAUUCAUCUCAUUUCCUGGAUGCUUGCCAACCGGCCUGAGGAACGACCAACAGCCGCCCAAGUCAUGAAUCAUCCCUUCUUUUGGAAUGCCGAAAAGCGCCUUGCCUUCCUUUGUGACUGUUCGGACCACUGGGAGCGUGAGCCGCGUGAUCCUCCAUCGGAAUAUCUCGAGAUUUUGGAAGAUUACAGUGGCCAGGUGCUCGAUAAGAAACGGAACUUCCUCGCCAAGCUCGAUCACGCCUUCAUCCAGUCUCUUGGGAAGCAGCGCAAGUACACUGGUGACCGGAUGUUAGAUCUUCUGCGAGCACUUCGCAACAAGAAGAACCACUAUGAAGACAUGGAUGAGAGUGUAAAGGCCAAGGUCGGCCCACUUCCUGAUGGCUAUCUGAGGUACUGGACGAUCAAGUUCCCCAAGCUACUCAUGAGCUGCUAUGACUGUGUCGUUGAGUGCGGGCUGCAGAAUGAGCCUCGUUUCCGACCGUACUUUGAGGGCCCGAAACAAUGA